AGAAGUUUGUCCCUCUUCGUGAUCUGUCCGGUGUUCCAGAAGAGACGGUUGCGGGUGUAUUGGACGUUCAUAUAUAUGUGUACCAGUGGCAAAGAUGGAGAAGGACACCACUAUUAGGAGAAUAAAAUCCUUAUACGGGAGGCAAAACAAUGUAUCGGAAAAUAAAAAUGACUCUCAGGAUCAAUGUGGAAUCAACGGCUGUAGUGAAGUGAAAAAGAAGCCUGAAGUGAGCUUGUACCUGCUACACGAAGGCGUCGGAGUGGCACUGGUGACUGUAUUUAUUCUGGUGCUGUGGGGAGUCGUUCAUUUAUCAUUACAGCAGCUAGUCAUUGGAAAGUCUACUGGCGAGUUCAAUGCUAUCAGGGCAAGGAAGCACCUGGAGCGUAUCACUAGCGUCGGUCCUCGUCCCACGGGCAGCCCGGAGAAUGAGAUCUUAACGGUUAACUUCCUGCUAGAGCAGAUUGAGCACAUCAAGGCCGACAGCGCCUCAGGACCCCACUCUGUCACUGUGGACGUCCAGCGACCCACAGGCUCCUUCAGCAUCGACUUCCUGGGAGGGUUCACCUCCUACUACGACCGGGUCAGCAACAUCGCUGUCCGCCUGGAGCCCAAGGCUGGGGCUCAGCACCUCAUGCUGGCCAACUGCCACUUUGACUCUGUGGCCAACAGUCCUGGUGCAAGUGACGAUGCAGUGAGCUGUGCGGUGAUGUUGGAGGUGCUCCACUCCCUGGCCAACCUCUCCACACCUCUACGACAUGGGGUGGUGUUCCUCUUCAAUGGAGCUGAGGAGAAUGUGCUGCAGGCGAGUCAUGGCUUCAUCACUCAGCAUCCCUGGGCCAAGCAAGUCCGAGCCUUCAUCAACCUGGAGGCUGCAGGGGUGGGCGGCAAAGAGGUGGUGUUUCAGACAGGUCCUGAAAACCCCUGGUUGGUCCAGGCCUAUGUCCAUGCUGCCAAACAUCCCUUUGCCUCGGUGGUGGGACAGGAAGUCUUCCAGAGCGGUGUGAUCCCAUCUGACACGGACUUCCGUAUCUACAGGGAUUUUGGAAACAUUCCAGGAAUUGAUUUGGCCUUCAUUGAGAACGGUUUCCUCUACCACACCAAGUACGACACAUCCGACAGAAUACUGACCGACUCCAUCCAGAGGGCAGGUGACAACAUCCUGGCGGUACUGAAGCACCUGGUGAUGUCUGAGGAGCUGGCGGACUCGUCGGAGUAUCGUCAUGGCAACAUGGUGUUCUUUGACCUGCUUGGCAUGGUGGUGGUGGCGUACCCGGCCCGCGUUGGUACCAUUAUCAACUACAUGACUGCCAUGGCAACCUUCCUCUACCUAUUUAAGAAGUGCUCCCAUCCCAGUAAUGUGGGAGGUCGUUACAUCAAGGAGCUGGCCUAUGCCACGGCGGUGGUCAUCCUCAGCUGGUUGGUCACUCUGCUGACAGUGCUCAUCAUAGCCUUGGUUGUGUCGCUGACAGGACGAUCCAUGUUCUGGUACAAUGACUUCUAUACAUGCAUCUUUAUGUACGGUUCUGCUGCCACUGGGACGAUGGUCCUGAUCCACACACUGGCCAAGAACCUCUACUACGGGGGUGUACGUCGUCUGGAGCUGGGGGAGCUCUACUUUGACGUGAGCCUGCUGCUGUGGUGCGGUGCCCUAGUCUACCUCACAGCUAACGACCUCUGCUCUGCCUACGUCCCCAUGCUGAUGGUGGCCUUCCCUCUGACCACCAAGCUGCUCCUCGCCAGGGAGUUUAAACUCAGAGGUGCAUCAGUGAAGUACUCUGUUCUCUACCAGCUGGGUCUGGCUCUGCCCUAUGUCCACUUCAUGUUCCUGAUCUGGGUAGUGUUUGAGAUCUUCACGCCCAUCCUGGGGCGUAGCGGCACAGAGAUCCCCCCUGACGUGGUCCUGGCCACCCUCGUCACCCUCGCCACACUCUUCCUCUCCUCCUUCUUUCUCCACUUUAUCUACUUGGCUAGGUCUACUAAGUGGCUGUUGGCAGGUCUGGGAACAGUGUUCACUGUGUUUCUGGUGCUGGUGUUGUGUGGAAUGUUCUUUCCCUACACAGCAGACCCCUCGAGCCCACGCCCCAAACGGGUCUUUCUUCAGCACACCACUCGUACCUUUCAUGGUCUGGAUGGCCAGGUGAAGAGCAAAGACUCAGGUCUGUGGAUCAACAGCUUUGACUACACUGGCAUGCAGCACAUCACGCCUAUCAUACCAGAGAUCAACGACACUAUCAGGACCAGCUGUCAGGAGGACAGGCCUUUCUGUGGCUACCCCUGGUUCCUACCUGUCAAGUUCCUUGUCAAGAAGAACUGGUACCUCCCAGCUCCUGAAGUCUUUCCCAGGUCACCCAUUGAGUUUCAGGUCCUUUCUAAAGAACAGACAAAAUGGGGCACAGUGAAGAUUACAUUUGAAGUCAAAGGUCCCAGCCACAUGUCCCUCUACCUGAGACCCCACCAAGGGGCCUCUCUGUCCAGCUGGUCGUUUGGGGAUGGUGUUCCCCAGUACCACCUGGCUGGAGAGUACUUUAUAUUCUACUCCCACGGCCUGGAUGCCCCCGCCUGGAACUUCUGGUUCGAAAUACAGCCUCCCAGAGAAGAGGAUCCGUCAGGCCCAGAGGGAAUGAUCUCAGUAGCCAUCUCAUCUCAUUACUUCUUUGGAGAGGACCAGAGGACUGUUCAGCUAGAGGACAUGCUGAAGAGGUUCCCUAAAUGGGCCUUCCCCUCUUCCUGGGUCUCCACCUAUCACAUGUACCGAUACUGACACCUAGGCCUAUCAGAUGUACACACACUGGGAGGCACCUACCACAUUUACCCAUACUUGAAAUACUGGGCCCGUUGUUGGGCCUGCUUCCACACACACAUUUGAGAGACCCGACCAUCACUGUGUCAAUAGCUAACAGGAGGGACAUUAAAGCAACAUUAUUUAUAAACAGUAACAGUAGGACUAGGGAACGGUCCUUAUAAACAGUAACAGUAGGACUAGGGAACGGUCCUUAUAAACAGUAACAGUAGGACUAGGGAACGGUCCUUAUAAACAGUAACAGUAGGACUAGGGAACGGUCCUUAUAAAUAGUCACAGGACUAGGGAACGGUCCUUAUAAAUAGUCACAGUAGAACUAGAGAACGGUCCUUAUAAACAGUAACAGUAGGACUUGGGAACGGUCCUUAUAAACAGUCACAGGACUAGGGAACGGUCCUUAUAAAUAGUCACAGUAGGACUAGGGAACGGUCCUUAUAAACAGUAACAGUAGGACUUGGGAACGGUCCUUAUAAACAGUAACAGUAGGACUUGGGAACGGUCCUUAUAAACAGUAACAGUAGGACUUGGGAACGGUCCUUAUAAACAGUAACAGUAGGACUUGGGAACGGUCCUUAUAAACAGUCACAGGACUAGGGAACGGUCCUUAUAAAUAGUCACAGUAGGACUAGGGAACGGUCCUUAUAAACAGUAACAGUAGGACUUGGGAACGGUCCUUAUAAACAGUAACAGUAGGACUUGGGAACGGUCCUUAUAAACAGUAACAGUAGGACUUGGGAACGGUCAACCAGUGUUCAGUAGAGUUCCUUUAUUGUGGGGAUGAGGGUAAAUAGGUCGUUUAAAAAAUAAAAACUAUUUUUCUUCUCGCUCUCUGACAAACUGUUUUGCAUGUAUGGCCUUGCAUGUUCCAUCUCUGUCAACAAGCACGAGGUCUUCAGCGUCACUCACUAUUUCAGUUAAAAGGCUACAGUGUUUUUUCCUUACAAAAUGAACCGUUUCAUGUUUUUACAUUUUAAAUAAGAAACAAACAAAAAAAGGUGAACAGGAUUUAAUUGUUCCAGUAGUGUGAUUUACUUACGGUGAGCUCGCUAAUGUGCAAGGAUAUUUUGACUUGUUUUAACGAGUGAUGGCAAUGUCGAAAAUAGAAAUGCAAUUAACUCAUCACUGAAUUAAUAAAUAAUUUAGCUGGGUAUUGCGAUUUUAAACGUAUUUUCUGUCCAUCAAGAAACACACUGGUUUAGAUAGUUUGGUUCUCUUCAACUCAGUCAUAAACUAAUGGUGCUUUUUACAUUUUCCUCAAACUCUGAACCACAGUGCUCUAACCUCUAAACAACUGCAACAAGGCAGUUGUUUUAAUGCUGUGGAGCUUUUUCAAAACACCUCACCAACUCCAAUUAAUUUUGUCCUACUGAUGUCCCUCAUCAAUGGUACUUCCUGUUAACAGUUGAACAGUCAAAUGGGUUUAAAAAAAAAAUCCUAUUUCACAUGGUGUGUUUUUGCCCAACAUGUGCAAGGUGUAUAUCAAUAUUUUAGUGGGAUAUUAUAAUACUAGUUGCUGAUGUCAUAAAACAGACGGACAACACCCUUUCUGGUGUUCUGAUAAGUUUAUUCCGAUGGUUGAAGCCUGCGGUGAGUGGGUCAGACUCUUGCACAUAGUUCCUGAAUUGACCCCCAACCCGGUUUAGAACAUCAUGGUGUUUGAUUGCAGGACAGCAGCUCCUGCGAACACAGGUUGCGCAGGGUCUGUGUUCAUAAAGAGUCAGAGUGCUGCUACAGGAUUAGUUUAGCCUUUUAGGUCAUAACAAAUAAAAUUAAAUGGAUAGAGGGGGACCUGAUCUGAGAUCAGUACUCCUACUUUAUGAAUAAAGCCAUGCUAUUUUCUCUGUACCUGCAUGGUAAAGUCUUCAUAAUUAAUAUAAUUCGCAAUAUUUUGAAACGGAACGGUUGUUAAACGCGGCUAAUAGUUUACUGUCGUCUCUCCUGCUUUCCACACCAACCCCCACCCCGUUACUCAAGCAGCACAUUUUAUUUGAUUACAACAGUUCACCCAAGUGUUUAUCGCAAUUCCGUUUUUUUCCCCAUAUCGUGCAGCCCACUUCAUGGUUCUCAGCGAUGGCUCGAUGUGUUACCUCUAUGAAGUAGGUAUUUGGGGUUUUGUGAAGACUGACCAGUACUUGAGGUUUGAUAAGGAUUGUUACUAGGCAACUGGAGUGUUGAUUUGGGCAGUCUCUUGGACUACACUGCUGUGGCUAGUACCAGUUUGUGUUGAACAGUCGCCUUGUUUUGAAUCCAGCGAUGCGUCCUCUCUGAGCAGGUGAAAGGAUGGAACCAAACUAAUGUGCUUUCUAGGUUCUAGAAUGCCACAUGGUUGUAGGCUAGAGGGAUCGGUUGGCGUCAUGCAUCUUAAAGACAUAAGGGGUUCUUGCCACAUGCACUUACCUGUAAAAAAAAUAAAAUGGUCUUAGCAGGAUUGUACAGCAACAUUUAGUAAAUUAUGUAGUUUUAAGGGUUUAAAAAAACGAUUUGUCAUAUCCAUCACUGUGGUGCACCUGUGGUGAAAAACACAACCAAUUAUACUCUUAAAUUUGCAUGAUGAACACAAGGUGAUGUUUUUCAUGAGAGGAAAGGAGGAAACUAACGAGCACACGUCUAAAGACCUUUAGCUAGUGGCAUCUUUAAUGAAGUUUUGUUUAUGCCUGAACUUGCACCCUAUUGGCUGCUUUUGACCAGAGCCGUAUAAAAGUAGUGCACUAUACAGGGAAUAGGCAGCCACCUUAAUCAGAGGUAUAUCAACAGCUCAGGCCUGAUGGAUGGAACAAAUAUACAGGUGUAAUUUAAACGUUUAAUAAAAUCAAUUGAUUUAUUUAUAUCAAGUAUGGUGGGAUCUGUAAUUUAGGUAAAGAAAUAUCCCCGUAGGUCCUGAUUCUGUAAUUACAAAAUGAUUGGUGACGAAUGUUCAGGUUCACUACCCCAAACCUUCCCGUUGACUCAAGCGUACUGUACACUGCCUUCUUAAAAAUAUAACUUCAUGUUUUGUAUGGAUUUCAACAUAACUGUGUUGCUGCUUAUGCUCUGAAAUUGUAAAGUGAUUUAUGGUUUAUGGUAAUGACAUUUGUCAGUACUGUCAAACUUUUCUUAUGCAGUCAUUUAUCAUAACAUUUAUGAUUUCACAAACAAAGUAAUGCAGGGAAUCAAUCCGAUCGCACCUUGUCGGGAAUGUUCACUCGUUCGUGGUAAACGCUGGCUACAUACACGUUGCUUCAAUAAUGCAUUUCCAUUCAAAUGGUGCAUUGCUGCCAAAACGCGAUCAGAUUGAAUCCUGGCAUAAAUCCCCACUCAAUUCAAGCAAACAUCAUAAAACAUUGUUACUGUAAAUAUGAUACUGACAUUUCUCGAGCCUCGUCCUUUUUCAAUACCAAUAUUAAGGUGAAACAUUUCAUUGAAACCGUUUAUGGGUCUCAAAUUUUUAUUUUGUAGAAUGAUUGUGAGAAAGGAUCUACUUUUCUUAAAUUCUUUAAUAUGCCUGAAUAAAGGAAACAGUUACCUGCACUUCAGUUGGAAAAGUGGUAACUGAAAUGCAUCCACGUUUGAGUGAUUGAGUGUUUGCUGGGACAUGUUCGAUGCAACUCACCUGCAGUAUCUAUGCCUAUUUUAACUGCAGUGUACUCUUGGGUCACUGAAUAAAGUGCAGUUUUGUAUAACAUGUAAAUUAUUUAAAAGCAAUCAUACUUUUGUAAUUUUUUAUUUUAUUAAUUUGUCAACUGGGA